AUGGGGGACUGGAAUUUGCUUGGAGGCGUCCUGGAGGAAGUUCACAUCCACUCUACCAUAAUUGGAAAGAUCUGGCUCACUAUCUUGUUCAUAUUUCGAAUGCUUGUUCUGGGUGUUGCAGCUGAAGAUGUGUGGAAUGAUGAGCAGUCUGGCUUCAUCUGUAAUACAGAACAACCCGGCUGCCGAAACAUAUGCUAUGACCAGGCCUAUCCUAUUUCCCUCAUUAGAUACUGGGUUUUGCAGGUGAUAUUUGUGUCUUCGCCAUCUCUAGUCUACAUGGGCCAUGCUUUGUACCAACUGAGAGUUCUGGAAAAAGAGAGACAGAGGAAGAAAGCUCAACUGAGAAGAGAACUGGAGGGACUAGGGUUUGAAAUGCUUGGGGAUCGGAGAUCGGAGCAAGAAUUUUGUCAGCUGGAGCAAAGGAAACUUAACAAAGCUCCGCUAAGAGGAACCUUGCUUUGCACUUACGUGAUACACAUUUUCACUCGCUCUGUGGUUGAAGUUGGGUUCAUGAUUGGACAGUAUCUUUUAUAUGGAUUUCAUUUAGAGCCUCUUUUUAAAUGCCAUGGACACCCAUGUCCAAAUAUAAUUGAUUGUUUUGUCUCAAGACCAACAGAAAAGACAGUAUUUCUCAUAUUUAUGCAAUCCAUAGCAACUGUUUCACUUUUCUUAAAUGUUCUAGAAAUUUUCCAUCUAGGUUUUAAAAAGAUUAAGCGAGGGCUUUGGGGACAAUAUAAACUGAAGGAUGAGCAUGAUGAAUUCCAUGUGGACAAGUCAAAACAAAAUCUUGCCAAGUAUCACAGCACAUCUGCAAAUUUACUGAAGCAACUCUCUUCCACACCUGAAUAUAAUUUGUUUGUGGAAAAGCAAACACACACAGCAGUGUGCCCUAGUUUAAAUUCAUCUGCUUUUCAGGCAAAGCAUGACAAUCACAGUGGAAAUGAUAAGAAAUGCAUUUUGGAUGAACAGGAAACUGUACUUUUGAGUCAGAUGUGCACACUUAGUACUACCUGUAGUCAUCUUCAACACAUCAACUCAGGUAAUAAUGAAGACACUGAUAAAAUAUUUGGAAAAGAGGUUAAUGGUAACCAGUUAAGGGAAAAGAAAGAAGCUGAUGGCAAAAACAGCAAAAGGAACUACUACUCUAGAAGUCACUGUUCUAUUCCAAGUGUUGAUGUAGCUCUGGACAGCCACAUGGGGCAGUCACCCCAAACAGUUUUCUCUCUGCCAGCUAACAGCACCUGGAAGCCCAAGUGGCUUCAUACUACAUGGGGUCCUGCUAAAGAAGAUGAAAAUCAGGUGUCACCUCUUAAAGGUAACUUCAAGGGCCAGUUUGGAGAGGGCACAAUCAGAACUCUUCCUCUUUCACAGGGAGUGUUCCAACCCCUUGACAGUCCUGAUUCUUUGGGAGAGUUGUCCUUUGAAUCUGAGUUGGACAAGACCUGCAAUAGCCCUACUGCUUGUCCUUCACAUCACUUAGUGUUGUUGACAAACAACCUUCUCAGUAGGCGGGCUCCCACAGACCUUCAGAUCUGAACAGCUGUUGGCUUUUAGACAUGCUGCAUAUUUAUGUUAUCACUGAGGUAGCCUAGUGAUAGUAGAGCACACAUAA